AAUAAGUAGUCUAUACUUACGUAUAUCUGAUUUUAUCAAAGCAAAAGAAACAUACAUUUUUAGCGAUAUUAAUAACAUUUCAUUUGAAAUGUGAAAAGCUGGUUGGUUCAUCAAUGAAGACAGUGUUCUUUAUUCUAUAUCAAAAGGAUAAACUGGCAAAUUAAAACGGAGACAAUUUAAUAUUUCUUGAAAUAAGCUAAUCUCAAGUUUUACAAUAAUUUAUAUGAACUUUGUUUGACUUAUUAAUAAGUGUGGUAAUACUCACAUCCAACUAAAGACAGAACCGGUAUUGCAGCAGGAUCCAGUCAGAGGCGUGCGGUGAAAGGGGAAGCGUAUUUUGCCACAGUUCCUUACUUUUGCGAAAUCGUAGCGGCUAUGUGUUUGACGUCAUGUUUUACAACAUUCGUUAGCCUCCUAUUUUUCACAAUUAGUCGCACCUUCUUCAUCAGAAGCAGGCAUCGUUAUCUCGACUUCGCCACCAAGCCACGUUUGAUCGCGUUAUGUCUGAUUUGUUGGGUCAUCGGGCUGACAUUGGAAGCCCCAAAUAUUUUUGGAUGGGGCCAUACGUUCGAUCAGAAGAGUCACUCGUGCAUGUGGGAUAGGACUGGCAACUACAAAUACACGCUCUUCAUUAGUAUUGGUUGUAUAGGUGCGCCUCUUGUGGCGAUGGCGGUCUGUCACGUUCUAACUUUUAAGCAUAUUCGGGAUGCUAAAUUGAUGGUGUAUAAUCACAGCCUCAUGAAGACAUGGAAGGAAACCGUCAAAUCGAGUAGGAUCUUGUUGAUUUUCUUUGCUGCUUUCGCCAUCUGUUGGAUACCGUAUACGCUUGUGAUCGCAAUUGAUCCACUUGAUGAACUCCCGAUGGAAGUUCAUCUCUGGGUCACAUUUCUCGCUCAUACGCAUUCGACAUUGCAUCCGAUUAUUUUGAUCUUUACAAACAAGAGGAUGCGCAAAUUCUUCAAUUUCAAAAACAGAGUCUCGCCCGUUGAAAUGGAUGUUAAAAAACACGUGUUUCAGACAUCAUCUAGCCUUAAAGGAAAUGGAGAUGAUGUAAAACAAUCUAUUGGUGAAGCGAAUUCAUAUACUGCGCAAAGUACUUGCACUAUAUGAACUGGUUUCCAAAAUGAAUGCACCUAGUCCAUCAAGCACUGUGCCAUAGAAUGGAUAUCAUUGGACUGGUGCCUAUGAUCUAAGAAGUCAACUGGAACUCCCAUGUCCCAGGCUAUACUAGAUACAUGUAGUCUAGUAGGAAGGAAUUGGUCCGUGAACCUAAGCUCAAUAAAUCUUUAUUCACUAUUUUAUAUAUGGUGUUUUGGGAAUUGUGAGCUUAACAUUGCCAACUUGUGUCCCAUGGUGUCCGUUAUUGAAAGGU